ACAUUUAGGCGCAAUGUCUCGUACGAUCGUAGUGUUGGCGUUGGCGUGCUGUGCGGUUGGGCUUAGUGUAGCCUACCCAUAUCCUUACCCACAGAAUGCGUUCAUGUACUACCGAAAUGCGUACCCCAUGAUGACUUACCCGCAACUGCAGCAGAGUGCCAUGUAUCAGCAUGCAGUGUUCCAGAACCAACGGCUCCGUAACUAUCAUCGUCGUUCGGCAACGAGUGGUGUGGCAGCGUUCGCCUCAGGAGACAACAUUGCCACCGGGACACAAAUUCUCAAGGCUGACUGCCGACCCGCAGAUCCGGCCAUCGCUGCCUAUCCCUCGGUACAAUCGUUUGCCGACGCAUACCCAGCGGAAGCGGUGCCAGAAAACGAAAUCCCAUUCGCUGAUGACGGUGCUGGACAGUUGGACCAGGAAGCGAGCGUUGGCAGUGAGCUAGAUUUUCCACUGAAUGAGAAUGAGGAGCCGCUGGAGGACAUUCCGGCUAGUGUACCGCUAGCUCCAACCACGGUGACGGAUAAAAAUAAGAAGAAGGUUACCGUUCAGCUGGAUUCUGGAUCCGCUGAAGAGGAGCAGGAAGAUGAGGAGGUUAGCUUUGGUACCCGUCGUGGCAGUGGCAGUCGUCCGAGCGGUGGAUCUACAGGUCCUAUGUUUCCGGUAACGUUCGGAAGCACUAACGGUGGGGCCAUUGCAAUUGCUAACAGUUACAGCACGGGUAAGGGUGGAUCGGCUACCAGUCACGCUACGGCUUACGGUAGUCCCGCAUCGGUACCUGAGGAACGUCGACGGGCUGUGGUUUUGCAGCAACAGCAGCAGCAGCAGCAACGUAACAACCGUCCGGCCAAACUACGAACGAUCAAAUAUUGA